AUGAGCUGGACGCGUCCUUGCCACGGAGUGGACUGGAGCCACAGCCUCUUUUACCUGACUUUACUGCUGUGGACCAGACGCAUGAAUGGACUGGCUGAUUUCUCAAACUACCUGGUCAGAAUCAUCACCAGUCAUUCGGCUCACGCGUGUGAUGGACAGCCUCUGCGACUCCAUUGUCCACGUCACUCCACCAUCUCCAUCCAGUCUGCCUUCUACGGGAGCAGUGAGGCGAGGCUGUGCAGAGCAGACCCUACACUCAGAGCCCAAAACCACAGCUGUUCAGCUUUUACUGCUCUACAGAAGCUGCUGUCAGAGUGCCAGAGCCACAGAGAUUGUCAGCUGCCUGUCAAUCCCCUGCUAUUUGGGAAGGACCCCUGUCCUGGAACUACCAAAUACCUUCAUGUGGACUACAAGUGUAAACCAACUGAACACAAAAGACAUGUGGCAUGUGAGGGAGAGACCAUGGUCCUGCACUGUAAGCCCCCCAGGGUGCUGAACAUCUAUGCAGCUGUCUAUGGGAGAGGUCUGAGCCAGACUGACACCUGCCCCUCACACCUGACAAGACCACCCCCAUUUGAGUGUCUGAACCAUGAGGCUGUCCAGUUGGUGUCCAAGGCCUGCUAUAGCAAACAGACUUGUGCUGUUGCCGUCAGCAACAAGACCUUUAGGGAUCCCUGCUUUCCAGGAACCAGGAAGUACCUCAGUGUGGUCUAUUCUUGUGUGCCAAGGACUUUACUAAAGGAGGCAGACCCCAGCAUAUUCAGCUCCACCUCAUCUCCUAUUGUGAGCACAGAAAAAGGCUCUCCUGCAGAUCUGGAGGAACCUGUUUCCAAAGAGGCAAGAAGGCCAGAGAACUCAGGAGCCAUGAUGAGCAACUCUCUCCUGACCUAUGCCUACAUUAAAGAGCAUCCAGAAAUGGCAGCGCUGUUGUUCACCUCCAGCGUGUGUGUCGGUCUUCUGCUCACACUGCUGGCCGUAUCAGUUCGAGUGACCUGCAAAGGGCAUCGGCUUAGAGAUCAGAGACUCGCACCCAGGUCCCACAGUCAGACUGCCAACUGCCAAGAGAAUGAGGACGAUGAGGAAGAGGAAGAUGAUGAUGAUGAUGAUGAAGAAGAGGGAACAGAAAGCUCUUUAAUCUCAGCCACAGAAAGGAAGGCAAUAUAUGGCUGGGAGGAGGUGACUUAUGUGAGUGAGGCAGCGGAACGGGCAGAGAGGAUUGAGCGCAGAGAGAUGAUCAUACAAGAGAUUUGGAUGAAUGCCUAUCUGAAUGGCAGCUCAUGUUAACUGAAUGCUACUCAGCACCUUCAGGAUCUUUUCAAGAUUUUCUCCAGAAGCUCAAAGCCUUUGAUUACUGACACUCUAAGAAACUUUUUUUACACUGUAAGGCAGUUUGUUGCAGUAUGUUUUUUUUUGCCAUUUUGUGGGAGCAUUGCUUAUGAAGACUGUAUAAUUUAGGUGGAACUGCAGUAAUGGUAAUUUUUAAAGGGUCCGCAGGGUUUUAUGCUGUAAAAGCAUAGUCACAGAUUAGUUUUGCAGUCACAAAUUCAUAAAUGAUGUGAUUGCUAAAGUGUUGUAUUUAUUCACAGUCACCACCAGAUGAAGCUAGGAUUUCAGGUUGAAGCACUGUUUACAGAAGUCAUUAAACUCCCACGUUUAUUCAAGAAUAUUACUAUAUUGAUUCAUUAUUAAAGGGUCUCAGCAGCUGAUAAAGUACCAUAAACCCAAGAACAUGUCAGGGAAUGUCUGUCUGUUCCUCUCAUCUCUGAACUCCAAUGGGGUUAAAAAUGUGUUUUACAUCAUGAACAAAUUUGUGGUUUAUGUGUUAAGUGUUAUCUUUCUUAGCAGUGGUAAAAAUGUUUUGGUGUCCAUUUGAAAACAUAUUCAGUCUACAAUGAUUUGAUUUAUUAUGACAGA